AUGAACGUUCUGCAACUCCCUUCACUCCAAGAGUUGCUUGACAUCGCUGAUGUUCAACAUUUCCCGUAUACAAAGACGUUUAAUGAAGCCAUGAAUGACCCUUUCUGCUACCUACAUACUUCUGGAAGUACGGGAGUGCCCAAGCCUAUCCCUUGGUCGCAUGGUUUGAUCGGCACAAUGGAUGCGGUGAGAUUGCUACCUCCUGUCAAGGACUAUGACGAUUUACUCCCGUGGACAUCGGACUGGGAGUCAGGCAAUACGAUAUACUCGUCAUUUCCAAUGAGCCAUGGUGCCGGCAUUAUUAUGGAUAUUCUGAUGCCCGCUCUCUUUGACCUACACUGCAUCUUGGGCCCCGCUGGUGUUCUUCCCAAUGUCAAUCUUGUAGAAACUCUCGCGGAGAAUGCCAAGAUUGACAUCUGGAGCAUGGUGCCGUCUCUUGUUGAUGAAUUGGGCGAAACGCCUGAAGUUCUUGCCAAGCUUAGCCAAUCCAAAUUCAUUUGCGCAUCCGGUGGGCCUGUGAGCCCAAUAAGCGCUGCAAAAGUCAACCAGACAAUCAGAGUUCUGAAUCUGACAGGCACAACGGAAGGUCUUUUUAUCGGCAACCUUGUAACAGCAAGGGAAGAUUGGUUCUGGUUCUGCUUCCAUCCGUACUCUGGUUUCGAAUUUAGAGAAAUCGAAGAGAAUACGUAUGAGCAUUGGGUUCAUCGAAACGAGCACUGGCCUCUCUUUCAAGGCAUCUUCCAUACAUUCCCAGAUAAACAAUCGAUCAACCUUAAGGAUUUAUAUAUUAGGCAUCCUACUAAACCUAAUCUAUGGGCUUUUAAAGGAAGAAGCGACGAUCUUAUUACGGAAGCUUACAUCGCUACCCACCCUGCUAUUGAAAGCUGCCUAAUCUUCGGAACUGGGAAGCCCCAGGCUGGUGUACUGAUCGAAUUGAAAGAAUCCUCAAAGAAAACCGAGGAACUGCUUGAUAGUAUCUGGGAAACAGUUAAGAAGGCCAAUUCCAUCUCUCGACAUAAAGAUCAGCUUCUCAGAGAUUUCGUCACUUUUGCGGAACCCAACAAGCCCUUCAUUCGUACAGAUAAGGGUACUGUAAAAAGAUCUGCAACCCUGGCACUCUACAAUGACUACAUUGAGCGUUUUUAUAGCUCACGGAACGACGAUCUUUGCUAUAGUGACCCAAUUGAUACCAGCUCAACGGAGUCAAUUCAAGGGGGUAUUCGUGAGAUCCUCGCCUCUUCCCUUCCCGUAAUUCGAACGGCAUCUCCGGAUACAAGCUUGUUUGAUCUUGGGAUGGACUCUCUUGGUGUUUUUGCCGCCGUCAGGGCAAUCAGGGCAGCUACAGGACUGGAAGAACAGAUUGCUCCUCGUCAUGUCUACGCCAACCCCACAAUUGCCAGUCUAUCUCUAUUUAUUCUACGCCUGGCUGCCGAAGAGACGAGCACAACGGAAACGAGUCUACCCAAUGACUCUGUUAACGAUGAAGUGUCACAGAUGAAGAGUACCAUUGCUCAGCACAGAGCACGGCAAUCAUUUAGGCUGAAUGCAUUCGAUUAUGUCAAUCCUAACCACGGAAUGGGUUUAGUCUUCUACUUUCCCCUGCGAAAAGAUGUUAGCUACGGUGACGUAUUCGCCAACUUACAGGAGGGUCUCAAUCGUACAUUCGAUUUAAUUCCAGCACUAAGCGGUAAAAUGAUGAAUUCCUCGGAGCAAGAGAUUGGCUAUGUCAAAGGAAAUCUCUGCGUUACAAUUCCUCCUCUCUCUAUGGCAUCUUCCGCGCAAAAUCGUUUGGUCUAUAAGGAUCUCUCUAAGAUUCUUCCGUCAUUCGACGAGUUGCGAGACGCAGGCUUCCCACCAUCUGCCUUUAAAGACAGUCUCGUCUUGCGAGAUGAUCCAUUCCCGAAGAUGCCCGCCGAUAUUUUUGUCGGCCAGGCCAACUUCAUCUCCGGCGGCUGUAUUCUAGCGGUUGACUUGAAUCAUUGCUGCCUUGAUGGAGUUGGUGCAAUUAUUGCUAUCAAGGCUUGGGCCGAAAACUGUAGAUAUUUGCAAGGGGAUAAGUCUGCAACUUGUCGAUGGUACGACCCCGAGAGCUUCAACCACAGCUUGCCAGAGAUUAUCCACCAGCAAGAGGGCCGGGCCCGACCACUGCAUGAAAUCGACCCUGGUACAUGGGGCUUUCUACCAUUUGCUCCCCCGGAUACUCAGACAGGUGAUAAUCAUCUCGUUUCAACCCAGGGUCCAAAGGAAAUAGCUCUCCCGCCUCGUCUCACUUUCCCGCUUCAUCCUAUUUGGCCACUGCCACGUGCUGAGAGGAGCCUGAAGACGACCUUGUUUUUGAUUACUCCUGAAAAAUUAGAGAAGAUGAAGCAGGACGUUGCAGCUGAUAUCAGGGCUGGAGAGACACCAUCAUCUAUUAGCGAUAUUGUGCAAGCAUUUUUCUGGCGCGCCGCCAUCAGAGCAAGAUAUCGCGUGGCCAGAGAAAUCCGCAAACAGACUUUCGGACCAGAUGAUAUCUCAAUCCUCGAGUUGCCCACUGACGGCCGCCCAUAUUUUUCGUCUCUACUACCUUCAACAUACAUGGGCAGCUUACUCAUCCUAAAUCGAUCUAGCAUGUCUAUUGAAUCACUUUGCUCCCCGAAGACAAGCAUAGGAGACGUUGCGUGCUUGCUCCGUCAAUCUGCUAGGCGUAUUACACCCUCGCUCAUCCAUGAUGCCUUCUCAAUCCUGCAGUCACUUCCAGACCAUACGAGGUUCUCAACUGCCAAUAUGGGCCUUGAGCAUAUGCACGCCAUGAUCUCCAACAUGAUGCUAUUCCAGACCAGCGAGAUCAGAUUUGGAGACAAAUUCUUCGCCAACGGAGGUUCCCCCGAGUCUUUGAGACCUCAGCUUGAGCGUGGAAACGGCCGUUUUAGAUUUCUGGUCAUUUUUCCAAUGAAGAAGGAUGGAGGCGUGGAGCUUGUCAUGGGCACUCAUCCCGAGGAGCUGGAAAUGUUGAUGACCGAUGAGGAGUUUACAAAGUAUGCAAGCUUAAUAGGCUGUAGCCAAUAA